AUGGUUGAAGAGGAUUUGGACACUUUCGAAAAACUAGUCACCAUACUCAGCAUCGAUGGAGGAGUUCGAGGCGUUAUUCCAGCAAUCAUUCUAGCCUUUCUUGAGUCACAGGUUCAGAAGCUUGAUGGGGAGCAAGCAAGGAUUGCAGACUACUUUGACUUGAUUGCUGGGACGAGCACUAGAGGGCUUAUCACAGCCAUGCUUACUGCACCAAACGCCCAGAACCAAGACCCCCCACGCCCACUCUUUGCUGCUAAAGAUAUCAAAGACUUCUAUUUCACAGAAUGCCCCAAAAUCUUUUCUAAAGAAGCCCGACCUGCCAAACUUGGGUAUUUAAUUUGUUCUUGUUUUCUUUUAUCUGUGUUACAAGGGAGAAGAGAUGUUUUUAAGAAUGUGCUUUUGUCUGAUGUUGUAAUCAGCUCAUCUGCAGCCCCGUAUUAUCUUCCUCCAUACUACUUCAAGGAAGAAAGUAGCUCCAAGGAAUACAACCUUGUUGAUGGUGGCGUUGCUGCCAAUAAUCCUACAUUGCCAGCCAUACGUGAAGCAACAAAGAUGCAUGAAGACCAAGAUGACCCACCAAGGUCUUCAAUAGACUACAGUGGUUACCUGGUUCUUUAUCUGGGUACUGGCACGGCAAAGCUUGGGUAUGAGGUAGAAAAGAAAUCCUGGGGCCUAACCGAUUGGUUUUUCGGAGGCGAAGGAACCGCACCAUUACUAGACAUCCUUUUCAAUGCCAUCGAUGAUAUGGUUCUCUCAUUUAUCUUCCAAGGCCACCAUUCCCAAUCCAACUAUCUACGAAUCCAGGUUAGAUAUAUCUAUCUAUCUAUCGAUGUAGUUAGGGGUGUCAAACGGUGUGGUUUUGGUUAUUCGGUUCGAUUCUGA